AUGGUUGGCUUUGCAAUCGUAUCUCCCUGCACUAAGCACCAGUCGAAACAUGAAUCUCCCCCGUGUAGCACAGGUUCCUUCGAUGCUGUGCUGGGUGUGUUUGGUGGUGUUGAUGGGGAUGUCCUGUGCGAGAACGGUAGCGAUCAUCUUUCUCUGGAAAAGCCCGCCUUCCGCAUAAUAGCACCCGAGUUCAUCUGUAACCCUAAAACUCGUCCUAUUGAAGAUGGAGUCCCGGGCGGGAAUUUUACGAAUCCUGUCCGGCAGCUCACGAUCGGCUUUCAGACCAAUGGUGGCCAACAUUUGCAAUACCGCGUAAGGACGUACUUCACGCUGCUGGACGAAAAAGGAUUCAUCAGCCAACGACACACGGUCGGUUUGUGGCGUGCUGUACGGCAAUUGGAACAACGCCUCCGGCGCGAUCGAGAAACGAUCGCACAGUCCGGUCAGAUGACGGUCGGUACCGAUGAACUGCUGCCUGGUGUGAUGUACACGCUAGGAGUCGUCGGAGUUGCUUCCGAUGGAACCGAAACCGAGGAGCAGAACUUCACGAUGACGUACCGAAACGCGGACCAGGGUGCUUCGUACGAACAUGGCGGAUCGAUGCGGACAGAUGAUGACGUGUCCUUGCUGCUGCUUGGUGCUGAGGUGUCUUACGUCGACGUAGAGUACCGCGUGUCGGCUGAGCUAAUCUUUUGCCGGCCUCGAGUGGACUACUUCUUCCGUUGGUCGCUCGAAGGAUUCAACGGAAGUGAUCCGAUCCUAGCCGUGGUGAUGGAACGUUCAAAGACACUUCGAGUGCCUGCAAACAGUCUUGCUGCCGGACACACGUACGCCAUUCAGGUGGUGGUGUACUCGACAUCCGUUGAGGACGAGGUCCUGGCGAAGGCACGUAUGCAGGUCACAGUUUUGCAUCGACACCCGCAGGUGGUUCUGUUUCCGGUGGAUGCCGUAGUUGGAGUAAGCCAACCAGUGCGUAUCCGAUCGUACGUGUUGGGGGGAGAGAUUGUGUGGUCUUGUCGGAAGGAAGGCGUUGAGCAGACGUGCGAAGACACGAUCGAUAUUAGCGAGGAGACUGCGAUGGUUUUCUAUCGAGAAGGUCAGUAUGAGAUCACGGCAUCUGUGGGUGGUGAUGGGUCGAACCGAUCGGUUUGUCGCUCUACACUGACUGUACAUCCGAAGGUGACUCCUUCGGUGCGUGUGCUGGAGUGGUCUCGGUAUCCUGCCGUUGCUGGGGAACAGUUUGAGCUGCUCGUGAGCAUAGCCGGACUCGUACCAGAUUGCUCCUCCAACUGGACCGUAGUGCGUGAAGAUGGGUUUGCAUACUUCGAUCCAGCCACGCUGCCGAAUGCUGCUAACUGGGAAGGAUUCGUUAUUCGUGACAUCGAAGAAAACUUCCUCUCCGAACUGGUCGACUAUGGGAACGACACUGUCGUAAGGGAUGUUGUACUAUCCAUUCCCGGUGCGGAUUUAGCUGCUUCGUGGAAAGGGCUGGAACCGAAUGUGCGCUACAAGAUUCGCCUGCAAACGAUCUGCCCGGAGCCGAUAGACGAUAGUAAGGUGGCAAGUCAACGAGCUACGGUUCGCAAUCUGAUCAGCAGUCACGCGACGUUUGUGCUGGAAACAAACGGUGCCCCACAGUUGAUGUCGAUCGAGGUAACACCCAUGGAAGGUGGAAUGGCUCUAGAAACGAUGUACAAGAUGUCCACCGCAAUUGCGAACGAUUUGGAGGGGGAUUAUCCGCUGAGAUACAGCUUCUGGUAUGUGGCUGAUGGAGUGGACAUUAAUGUAGGCACGUACUAUGAGAUAACAUCCGCUGAAACGAUUCUACCAUACACCAAAAACGGAAGCGUAGCAACGUACUGCAUCAUUUGCGAUUCGCGAGAUGCCUGCUCAAAGACUAUUGGUCCUGAGGUACGCGUACUGUCCGGGAGGACACGCUCAGAGAACGAUAUUACAUUCGCACUGCAAUCCAUUGAUGGGUUCUUCGAUCGGCUUAACUUACGCGAAGCUUUAAAGACCGCUUUUGAGCUACUGAUCACGCUGCGAAACCAAAACUCACCCCAAUACGGCAGUACGUAUGAGCAGUUUGCGACGAUGCUUAAACGAUCCAUCGAACACAUCGGCAAAGUAUACCGUGAAACGACGUACCUAACCGAUGCUUCGAUCCAAGAAUUUGUGAUUCAAGCGAAACCCAUCCUAGAUCUGGAAGAAGCAACCAACCACGUGCUAUUCCAGCAACUGCUGGAACUGAUGGAUCCAAUAGCGGAGCAACAUGUUGCACGUCUGAAGCGCUCGAGCCAUUCGGCCGCAGGACAACCGGUGACGCAGAUUGCCACCAAUACCAACACAAAACUGUCCCUGAUGGAGAGCCUUACUGUGUCAGAAAACGCCACCGUGGCACGAGAUGCACGCACAAGGCUACAGAACUUUGUCCAUCAGGCUACCAAGAACUAUUGCUCCGUGGAGACGCAUUACGUGUACGUUGGACAGCUGAUCACACUGGAAAUGUCUCGUUACCGGAGCGUGGCGGAGAUAGACUUUCGACGGUUACAGGUUCCCAACAAGGUGCUUUUAAGUUCGCCUGCUGGUCGGUCACAGUUUGCGGAUGCUUUUACCGAAACGGAGUACAUAUGUCUUGGGCGCAUCUACUACGCAAGGGAUUUGUUUGUCGAACGCGACACACGUGAGCUGGAUUUAGGAUUUUACGAAGCAUUCCUGCUGGCUGUCGAGAAAAGCGGCAUAUGGACGUUGGUGAACUGGAGAAGUGACUAUUUCCUGUGGUCAUUGGAUGGUCGCCAAUUGCCAAACGUCACGUGUCAACUUUGGGAGGGUGAUGUUUGGAGCAGUAGACACUGCAUUACCUUGGAAACGGCAACCGACGAGGUGCAGUGCAACUGUACUAAGAUAGCAUACUUGAGGAUAUCGAAUGAGACUGAGCCAGACUAUAAUCGCACGAACACGGUACUUGUAUCGACAGAAGCUACGGCUGUAUCGUUUGAAAUGGUGUCAGAAUCUUUUCCAAGCUCUACGAAUCCCACGACAUCUACAAAGUCCACAGAUGGAGUAGAACAUAUAGCGACCGUUCCAACCACAGGGUUGUGGUCAACCACCGAUAGCCCAGCCAUGUCAGACGUUGUGUCUACUACCGAGAGUGAUAUGGUGACACUAUCCUCGGCAAGCACCGUCAACACGGAACCACCUGCGGAAAGCUUUCCUAUUGCUUCGACCUCAAACACGUCUGUCCCUGAUAAUGGUCCCAGUGCACUGCUGCAAGGCGGCAACAGAACUGGUAGUACCUCGUUGUAUAACCAACCGUUGGCAUCCUCAUCCAUUGGAUAUGCCAUUACCAGUGCCGUUGGUAUCGGUGCGCUGCUUAUGCUAGUCAUUGCCAUAGCCUAUCGACGACGGAAGUCCGUGUUGCGGCUAGCGGACGAGCUUCACACCGUGCCCCUAAGGGCGCGUGCUCAAUCGUCACCUCACGUGCGUUACGCUCGGUUUCAAGACGAACACAACAUGGCUGGUGACAACGUGUCGACCAUAUCGGACAUACUGACCACCUAG